AUGGCAGAUGAGACACUGGAGCUGGUGGAACAGUCGGGUGAAGUUAGAGUCAUAGCAAAUGACAGAAGUCCACUGGUGGGUAAAGUCCACUGGGAGAAAAUGGUGAAGAAAGUAUCAAGAUUCGGCAUACGUACUGGCACUUUUAACUGUUCCAGUGACCCCAGGUACUGCAGGAGGAGGGGUUGGCUGAAAUCCACACUCAUUAUGUCGGUUCCACAAACCAGUACCUCCAAGGGAAAAGUAAUGCUUAAGGAAUACAGCGGGCGCAAAAUCGAAGUGGAGCACAUUUUCAAAUGGAUCACUGCCCAUGCUGCUUCUCGGAUCAAAACCAUCUACAACUCCGAGCAUUUAAAAGAAGAAUGGAACAAAAGUGAUCAGUACCAUGUGAAAAUAUACCUGUUUGCCAACCUUGACCAGCCUCCAGCGUUCUUCUCUGCGCUAAGUGUGAAGUUUACUGGAAGAGUAGAGUUUAUUUUUGUGAAUGUGGAGAACUGGGACAAUAAAAGUUACAUGGCAGAAAUUGGUAUCUACAAGACACCAUCAUACAUACUUAGGACUCCCGAGGGGAUUUACAGGUAUGGAAAUAACACCGGUGAAUUUAUAUCACUACGUGCCAUGGAUACCUUUUUGCGCUCGUUGCAACCAGAAGUUAAUGAUUUAUUUGUUUUAAGCUUGGUUUUGGUUAACCUGAUGGCUUGGAUGGACCUGUUUAUUACACAAGGCGCUACUAUAAAGCGUUUUGUCGUUCUUAUAAGCACUUUAGGGACGUAUAAUUCAUUAUUAAUUAUUUCCUGGUUACCCGUGUUAGGUUUUUUGCAACUACCCUACUUAGACAGCUUUUAUGAGUAUAGUUUAAAACUCUUCAGGUACUCUAACACAACUACUUUGGCUUCUUGGGUAAGAGCCGAUUGGAUGUUCUACUCUUCGCAUCCAGCCCUCUUCCUCAGCACAUACCUUGGUCAUGGUUUAUUAAUUGAUUACUUUGAGAAGAAAAGAAGACGCAAUAACAACACCGAUGAAGUAAAUGCUAAUAAUCUGGAGUGGCUGUCAAGCCUGUGGGACUGGUACACCAGCUACUUGUUUCACCCUAUUGCUUCUUUUCAACACUUUCCUUUUGACUCAGAUUGGGAUGAAGACCCGGAUUUGUUCUUGGAGCGGUUGGCUUUCCCCGAUCUCUGGCUUCACCCUCUGAUACCAACCGAUUACAUAAAAAACUUACCGAUGUGGAGGUUUAAAUGCCUUGGCAUCCAUUCUGAUGAGGAAAUGCUGGAAACCUUUCAAGACAGCGAAAGUGACUCUGACAGUGAGAACAAAGAGGUCUUCAGUAGUGAAAAGGAAGUCUCGGAGGACGAUGAGCUAAACACCUUUCAUAGGCGCAGCGGAGAGCCUCGGUGCAGUGCUGAGACCUGUUCGUGUGCCAAUAAAUAUUGUCAUCACGAGCCAUAUGAACGGAAAGCGAGAUCCUACGGCUCGUACAGCACCGCAAGUGACAUGGAGCCAGAUUGGUCAGCUUGGCCCUCCGAGAUGUUGCACUGUACAGAAUGUGUUGUGUGUCUAGAAAAUUUUGCAAACGGUUGUCUGCUGAUGGGCUUGCCGUGUGGCCACGUGUUCCACCAGAAUUGCAUCGUGAUGUGGCUGGCUGGCGGGCGACACUGCUGCCCCGUCUGCAGGUGGGCUUCGUACAAAAAAAAGCAGCCAUACACACAUCCGCAGCCUUUGUCAAAUGAUGCCCUGUCUUAGCUGUGUGCUGAUGUCCUUUGUAAGCUUUCAGGAUAUUACUGCUUGCCUUUUAAAUGUUAGUCACUUAAAAGAUUAUGUGGUUUGAAGUUUUAGUUUAAAUGUUAGUGCAGUGAACUAAAAUAUACAUGAUGCUAACGUUAACGACAGAAUCAUUUGGUUGCCUUGUAUGUUGAACUGAAUGCAUACUUACCGUACAGUAACUUUUUCUUUUCAACAUCUGGAAACUUGAUGCUGUUUUUGUAAGCACAAAAAUCAAGCCUACAACAGAAGCGUAUUCCAGCAAAAGUUUACAAGUUAGGAUGUGGGUGAAAUUGAAAUUCUAAUUGGAGGCAGUUGCUUAACUUAAGUGUUUCUUAUUUUAGAGUCUGUUCAGCACAUCUUUGUUGAAUAAUGUAUGUUGUAAGACAGUACCAUUUCAAAAGAACUCAGUGAAAUAAAUUAUUUUAAAAGGA